UUGUCACACAGAUACAGAUUACAGACGAACAUUGUUACAAAUUUCACUCGCAAUCAUAUCAUUUGGAUAAUAAUUAAAACGUAACGCCUUCUUUUCAAAUUUUUCAUAAAUCAUAGAAGGCACAUACUUUAAGGUCUUAGAAAUCAAUACCGUACUUUGUAGCUGUAUUAGAAAUAAGUUGAUAAUAAUCCCAAAAGUUUUAGCAGAAAUUUCCAAUAAUAAAAGUUGCUUUGAUCUUGGACCCUGACCCAAUAGUUCGUCAACAUGAAGAAAAAGGUGUUGUUGAUGGGGAAAAGUGGUUCUGGAAAGACAAGCAUGAGGUCUAUUAUAUUUGCCAACUACAUAGCAAGAGACACAAGGAGACUAGGCGCUACAAUUGAUGUUGAACAUUCUCAUGUACGAUUUCUUGGUAACCUUGUUCUUAAUUUAUGGGACUGUGGGGGUCAGGAAGCCUUCAUGGAGAACUACUUUGCAUCACAGAGGGAUAAUAUAUUUAGAAAUGUUGAAGUCUUGAUAUAUGUUUUUGAUGUUGAGAGCAGGGAAAUGGAAAAGGAUAUGCACUACUACCAGUCAUGCUUAGAAGCCAUUCUACAGAAUUCGCCAGAAGCCAGAAUAUUCUGCUUAGUGCAUAAAAUGGACCUUGUGGCUGAGGAGCGACGAGAAGAGAUCUUCAAAACACGUGAAGAGGAUUUGAUAAGACUUUCUAAACCACUUGAAUGUACCUGUUUUAGAACUAGUAUAUGGGAUGAAACACUUUAUAAGGCGUGGUCAAGCAUAGUAUACAAAUUAAUACCCAAUGUUAAGGCACUAGAAUCUUCACUCAAGCAGUUUGCAGCAAUAGUAGAUGCUGAUGAGGUGCUUUUAUUUGAACGGGCAACAUUCUUAGUCGUGUCACACUGUCAACGGCGACCGCACCGAGACGCGCAUCGUUUUGAAAAAGUCUCCAACAUUGUGAAACAAUUCAAAUUGUCGUGUUCCAAGCUGGCAGCACAAUUUCAAAGCAUGGAAGUGCGAAACAGUGUAUUUGCGGCAUUCAUAGACGGGUUCACGAGCAACACAUACGUUAUGGUCGAGAUGUCGGACCCUAAAAUACCGUCUGAAGCUACCCUCAUCAACAUUCGAAACGCUAGAAAGCACUUUGAAAAACUUGAAAAGGUUUCAUCGAGUGCCCCCAGCCAGUAUCAGUGAAAGGUCAAAUAAGAGCUCAGUGUUUACAAUAUCAAUCUCCUUGCCAAAGCGAGACAAAUAUACAUGAUUUUAAUUGGCACAGAUUAAAUAGGUUAUUUUGAUAUACAGAUUAUAUAAACUGUAACAUUAUGCUUUUUUGGAAAUAUGUAUAUAAACUACCUAAGUGUUGGUA